AUGAUCAGUGGUCUUACAAAUCUGACCCAUCUGUUCAUUCUAUUCAACGACCCUUUUGAUGACGGGUAUGACUCUAACGACCUUCCACAAAUUUCGUAUGCCCAUAUUACCUCGAGGCUGGAGAACCGCAGUUUAACACAUUUGACUCUGGAAUUCGAAGACACGGCGUAUCAGCUCGCUUAUGAGACGAUGGCCGAGUCUGUCCUAGAGUACAUUCACAAUAUGGAGCCCAUGACCUCGUUUCCUGGAUUACCCAAUCUACGCAAUAUCACGGCUCCACAAGAAGCUUUCUUCUCUGCUGAUGAGGAUUUCGAGACUUGUAAUCUUCCUGCAGCGAUCGAGAGCAUCGGGGUUGUUGACUCAACGUACGAGACGAAGCGCUACAUCAAAUAUAUUCUGGACAACCGGGCACGGUGGCCAAAUUUGAAGCUUGUGAAGCUGGGCGAGGGUACAUAUGAUCACUUGUAUGAACAUCCGGAUGGGAGUGACGAUGAGGACACCAGCGAAAGCGAUGACGAGGACUGGCGGCAACUCUUCGAGGUGGAUGAUUCGAUUUAUGGACAGGCUAAGAGCUGCGGUGUACGGGUAGAGAAGGUGCAAGACAGAACCGUAUGGAAUAAAGGGUGGGAUGAUCUAAACUUGUGA